AUGGAUGAGGACGAGACCAGGCUGGCACUACAUUCCCAAGAGCCUAAAAUCAUUCUCCAUGGGUCAGGUAAUAGCUACAUUUUUUUUGCACAUUCAACUAAUUCCCUGUACUGUUCUUUGUUCUGCACAAAAAUUUAACAUUUCUUCAAAGCUUUUUUUGUUGUUGUCUAAGAGUGGAUGAAUGGGUCUUGUGCAGUAUGUUUAUGUAGGCCUAUGCUAAAGAUAUCCAACUGUUCCUGUGUUGAUGUGUUCCAGAUGAAGGCGGUGCUGCAGGGGAGGAGUUUGUGGUGGAGUUGCAGGAGACGAUGCUGGUGUCGGAGGGGGAGGGGGAGGGGGAGGGAAUGGCGGUGCAUGGAUUCGCUCCAGACGAGCUGGUGAUCCAGGAUGCUGUUGAGGACGUGGUGUCUGAGUAUGUGCACUGCGAUGAGGACGAGGAGGUUGCUGUGGAGACGUGUGUGAUGUCACUGGAGGGGGAGGACGAAGGCGUUGCCAUGGGGGACAUCCCUGAGGAUGUGAUUGUUGCAGACGGGCAUACCCAGGAUGAACUGGACCCAGAGCAAGACACAGACGGCUGUGGUGACUACCUGAUGAUCUCCUGUGAGUACCAGGCUGCUUCUCUCCUCUCCAGUUCUCCAUCAAUACCACUGUCACCUGGCCUCUUAUAAAGAAAACAUUGCAGUUAAACUAAUGACCAGUAGUGAAUGGAUCUCUCACUCUGUCUGUCUCUUUUCAUCUCCUUCCAGUGGAUGAGGCAGGCAAGAUGGUGUCAGACGAUGGUACAGAGGUGACUGUGGAGGGAGCCGUGGAGGACCAGGAGGUGGAGAAGGAUGAGGAUGGCCAGGAGGUGAUCAAGGUGUACAUCUUCAAGGCAGACUCUGGGGAGGAUGACCUGGGUAAGGAGACAUUUGAAUAAUGUUUAAUACCCUAAGAAAGAGGGAUUCUAUAACCUAUAGUAGUUGAUCACCAAGAAGUAUUAUAUCAGUGUGUGGUUGUCUGUGUAGGAGAAACAGUGGACAUCAGUGAUGGAGACACAGAGGACGUGGCACUGACAGACUCUACAGGCCGAACGCUUCGAGAGAAGAUGGUGUACAUGUCUCAGGGGGGCCAUGGUAAGAAAUACAUUCUGUGUGUGUGUGUGUGUGUGUGUGUGUGUGUGUGUUUUUACGGUUGUGUUGUAACUAGUAUGUUCCCCUGCAGGUUCAUCAAAGAUAUCUGAUGAGGUUUAUAUGGAGGUGGUGGUGGGGGGUGAGGAACCAGUGACCCACGAGCGGUCGUACGACGGCACGGCUCUCAGCAAGGACUUCAUGCCUGUGGCCUGGGCAGCCACGUAUGGUCAGUAACACACUAUUUAUAUACAAGCAUACAGUUUAACAAGGCAGAGAAUGUCUUCUUGCUCACCUGUCCUCUGUAGCGAUAGGUACAGUGAGGGGGGAAAAGUAUUUGAUCCCCUGCUGAUUUUGUACAUUUGCUCACUUACAAAGAAAUUAUCAGUCUAUAUAUUUUUAAUGGUAGGUUUAUUUGAACAGUGAGAGACAGAAUAACAACAAAAUAAUCCAGAAAAACGCAUGUCAAAAAUGUUAUAAAUUGAUUUGCAUUUUAAUGAGGGAAAUAAGUAUUUGACCCCCUCUCAAUCAGAAAGAUUUCUGGCUCCAAGGUGUCUUUUAUACAGGUAAAGAGCUGAGAUUAGGAGCACACUCUUAAAGGGAGUGCUCCUAAUCUCAGUUUGUUACCUGUAUAAAAGACACCUGUCCACAGAAGCAAUCGAUCAAUCAGAUUCCAAACUCUCCACCAUGGCCAAGACCAAAGAGCUCUCCAAGGAUGUCAGGGACAAGAUUGUAGACCUACACAAGGCUGGAAUGGGCUACAAGUUGGUGCGAUUAUUCGCAAAUGGAAGAAACACAAAAUCACUGUCAAUCUCCCUCGGUCUGGGGCUCCAUGCAAGAUCUCACCUCGUAGAGUUGCAAUGAUCAUGAGAACGGUGAGGAAUCAGCCCAGAACUACAUGGGAGGAUCUUGUCAAUGAUCUCAAGGCAGCUGGGACCAUAGUCACCAAGAAAACAAUUGGUAACACACUACGCCGUGAAGGACUGAAAUCCUGCAGCGCCCGCAAGGUCCCCCUGCUCAAGAAAGCACAUAUACAUGCCCGUCUGAAGUUUGCCAAUGAACAUCUGAAUGAUUCAGAGGAGAACUGGGUGAAAGUGUUGUGGUCAGAUGAGACCAAAAUUUAGCUCUUUGGCAUCAACUCAACUCGCCGUGUUUGGAGGAGGAGGAAUGCUGCAUAUGACCCCAAGAACACCAUCCCCACCGUCAAACAUGGAGGUGGAAACAUUAUGCUUUGGGGGUGUUUUUCUGCUAAGGGGACAGGACAACUUCACCGCAUCAAAGGGACGAUGGACGGGGCCAUGUACCGUCAAAUCUUGGGUGAGAACCUCCUUCCCUCAGCCAGGGCAUUGAAAAUGGGUCGUGGAUGGGUAUUCCAGCAUGACAAUGACCCAAAACACACGGCCAAGGCAACAAAGGAGUGGCUCAAGAAGAAGCACAUUAAGGUCCUGGAGUGGCCUAGCCAGUCUCCAGACCUUAAUCCCAUAUAAAUUCUGUGGAGGGAGCUGAAGGUUCGAGUUGCCAAACGUCAGCCUCGAAACCUUAAUGACUUGGAGAAGAUCUGCAAAGAGGAGUGGGACAAAAUCCCUCCUGAGAUGUGUGCAAACCUGGUGGCCAACUACCAGAAACGUCUGACCUCUGUGAUUGCCAACAAGGGUUUUGCCACCAAGUACUAAGUCAUGUUUUGCAGAGGGGUCAAAUACUUAUUUCCCUCAUUAAAAUGCAAAUCAAUUUAUAACAUUUUUGACAUGUGUUUUUCUGGAUCUUUUUGUUGUUUUGUCUCUCACUGUUCAAAUAAACCUACCAUUAAAAUUAUAGACUGAUCAUGUCUUUGUCAGUGGGCAAACGUACAAAAUCAGCAGGGGAUCAAAUACUUUUUCCCUCACUGUAACUCUGCUCUAGCAGGGGUGAGAGAAGGUGUGCAUUUGCAUUGAAUGUUUGCUGUGUGAUUCCAGGUUCUGAGGACAGUGAGAGCUGUGAGAACCGAAACGGUGCUGCCAGUGCUCUGCUGCACAUUGACGAAUCAGACGGAGUGGACAAGGUCAACAGGCAACGGAACAAGAGAACAAGGGCUGAGCCUCGCCAGGUCCAGACAGGUAUGCAACUGUCAGAUGGGACAAAAAAACUGUCUGGUACUGAUUCUAUGACUGCAGGUCACUUAUAAUGUUUGCCAAACACACUGCACAGGCUUUCACAUUUAAUUUCUGAAUACAAGACCAUCUUGUUUUUGUACCGUCAAGUGAUAUCUGGGAGUCAUGAGCUUUGUAUCUAUCCUAAUUUUCUUCUCUCUCGCCGUUUCCCAUCCUAGCCAUCAUCAUUGGUCCGUAUGGCCAGCCUCUGACAGUAUACCCCUGCGUGCUCUGUGGCAAGAAGUUCAAGUCGCGAGGCUUCCUGAAGCGCCACACCAAAAACCACCACCAGGAUGUCCUUAGCAGGAAAAAGUACCAGUGCACGGACUGUGACUUCACCACCAACAAGAAGGCCAGCCUUCAUAACCACAUGGAGGUGCACACGCUGAGCAACAAGGCUCCGUUUGAGUGUGAGGUGUGUGGCAAGGAGUUCCACCAGCAGGCGGCGCUGUUCUCCCAUCGACUGCAGCACCACCACCGUGAGCCCAAGAGCCCGGUGCCUUCACAGGCCAACAAGAUGCACAAGUGCAAGUUCUGUGACUACGAGACGGCUGAACAAGGACUGCUCAACCGCCACUUGCUGGCCGUCCAUAGUAAGAGCUUCCCCCACAUCUGUGUGGAGUGUGGCAAGGGCUUCCGGCACCCCUCCGAACUGAAGAAACACAUGCGCACACACACCGGCGAGAAGCCUUACUCUUGCCUCUACUGCGACUACAAGUCGGCUGAUUCCUCCAACCUGAAGACGCAUGUCAAGACCAAGCACAGCAAAGAGAUGCCCUUCAAGUGUGAACGCUGCUUCCAGACCUUUGCUGAGGAGGAGGAGUUGCUGCAGCAUGGACUGACGCACGAGGAGGCCAAAACCCACCAGUGUGCCCACUGUGAACACAAGAGCUCCAACUCCAGUGACCUGAAGCGCCACAUCAUAUCGGUGCACACCAAGGACUACCCCCACAAAUGUGCCGUCUGCGAUAAAGGCUUCCACCGGCCGUCUGAACUGAAGAAGCACUCGGCGUCGCACCGUGCCAAGAAACUGCACCAGUGCCGGCACUGCAACUUCAAGAUCGCAGACCCCUUUGUGCUCAGUCGCCAUAUCCUGUCGGUUCACACCAAGGAGCAACAGGCCUCUCCUGAAAAGAACGGGGCCAAAAGGACCUUAUUGGGGCCUUCCCCUGCCUCUGCCUCUGCCAGUGCACCGGUGGCAAAGAAGCAGGUUUUGGUGCCUGGUGCUAGUUCUAGUGCUGCGGGCUUGGCCACAGGGCCCAGGGAGAGGAGGGUGUACCAGUGUCAGUACUGUGAUUACAGCAGUGGGGAUGCCUCAGGCUUCAAGCGCCAUGUGAUCUCCAUCCACACAAAAGACUACCCCCACCGCUGUGAGAUCUGCUCUAAAGGCUUCCGCAGGCCCUCAGAGAAGAACCAGCAUAUUGCACGCCACCACAAGGACUUGGUGCAGGCAGAGUGA